AGAAAUAAUUCGUCUUAGAUUGUUGCCAUUGAGCUUAGAAGAAGAAAAGAAUAUUCUGGCUGAUGAUUCAAAUAAUUGUAAUAUACCUACGUUUAUAAGACCGAGUUUUGUUCAAUUAAUUAUUAGCAAAUUACCGACUGAAAUAAUUUUUGGCUUACCUCGUUCUCGUGAUAUGAUUUUAGAAAGAAAAAAACUUGGUGGUUUGCUCGAUGCAAUAAUAAUUCUUUUUGGCCUCCUCUCCCGCAAUGGCUCUUUUGUAAAGGCACUUUCUUGUAGAUUUUUACGUUUUUGUGGGAAAAUUUCAUUUAGCAUGUAUUUAUUACAUCCAAUUGCAAUGUCAUUUGUGAAUGUUUAUGUGCCAUCUGUUGGAUUCAAAGCAGCAGUUAAAGAAAUAAACGCAAUGGAUAAAG